AUGGUAAGGAUAGGCAUCACAGCCAUCCAUGCUGCUGUACCCAUCUGUAUUGUCUCACCCCAUGUACCCAACAAUGUAGCCUUUGCAGCUAUUCCAUGGUUCUUAGCAUCUUACAGUGCUUAUUUGCCUACAGAGCAAUUUACACUCAAACAAUGGAUCCAGGCAUUGUAUGAUACUGUGGUGGACCGCACAGGCCAGACCAGCCAUGCUUUUGGUCUCAUCAAGAUGGCACGUGGACUUGCUAAAUUAGUUUUGCUGUAUGUGGGCGUACAGCCACUUUUACCUACGAUGCCUGAUGCCAUGCUGAACUAUCCUUGGUUCAGUAGUGAGAGUUUGUCCUAUACUUUCUUGUUUGGCGUGAAGGCGUACCUUGUCUUGGGAUGCGCGGAUGUGACUGCAGGUCUGGCUCAAGCUCUCACUGGUUGGCGUAUGGUAGACAUGUUUGAUUCACCCAUUUUAGCAACAAGCCCUAUUGAUUUCUGGAGGUAA